AUGCAACUAUUAAAUUAUUUCUCUCUAUUUUACGCUUCCGUUAUGUCUAGUUCGCAAGUAAUUCUAAUAUGUCUCACAGGAUAUUUAUCCGCAAAAUAUGGAGUGAUCACUUCCAGUGUCCAAAAGGGAUUGUCUGAAUUAAUAAUUAAUGUUUUGAUGCCAUGUCUAUUCGCGACUUUUGGAUUAAUUAGUGGAAGGUUACUAAAGCUGUCCUCACCGGAUAUUCGAUUUGUGACUACAGGUAUUAUAUUUAAUAGUGUCACAACACUUUCCCUAGGAUUAUUAAGGAGUAUGUCAAAUACCGAUGCAAUCAAGAUAUUAUCGUUUGGGGAAAAUGAUACAACUUCGGAUAUAGUAAAUCGAGGAACAUCUUAUAUAUUGUUGGGAUCUCUUUUCAGUCCAUAUCUACUCAAAAAAGGAAAUAUCGAUAUAGAAUCUUCUAUUUCUUCGAAUAUUUCAAAUAUUCCAAAGUUCGACGGAAUAUCUCAUGUUGCACCUAUUACUGAGACAGCCCAUUUGAUAAAAUAUGAUGAAUUCGAUAUUCUUGGUGAAGAUGCGCCAUUCGUCAUUAUUCCAAGAAGCAUGGAUUAUAUAGAUUCUUCAGCAAUUCCAUUAACACUCAUAACUCUGGGAGCUCGACUAAAAAACUUGCCACGCGCUAAAGGAAAAGAAAUGUUUCUGGCUAUCACUUUCAUAAUAUUUUAUCGUUUUAUAAUUAUGCCGACUAUUGGCUUAAUUGUGAUUUUCUUCACAAAGACAUGGUAUAUGGACGAUCCUACCUUACGGUUUGUUCUAAUUUUAAUCGCGAGUGGACCAACUGGAGUUAAUUGCAUGAAUUUAGCUCAAUUGUGUGGUGCAUUUCAAGAAGAGAUGGCAGCAUUAUUAUUUUAUUCUUAUAUCGCAAUGGCUCCUAUGAUAACUCCCCUUAUAAUGAUUAUCUUGUCAACUUGUCGAUGA